GAUUUUAUAACCCUAGUUUGUUAAAUCAAUAGUCGUCUGUCAGUUUCAAGUGCUUUGAAAACAGUGCUGUUUAUUUUAUUUUAACCUUUUUAUCAUUUAAAUAUAUCGGAAAAUCAAAGAUGGGACCCCGUACCCGUAUCACCCCAAUAGAGGACAUACGCGCCCUAAUUCCACCCUCACCUGAACAGGUGCCUUCCACAGUUGUAUAUCGAUCGAAACACGCAUGUGCAGUCAGACAAGAGGCGGAUGUGCGCAGAUCGUGUCACAAAACGAUGGGAUUCGCGCAGGUUGAAUUGCCAGCUCCUGAUCGGUUCCUGAGGAAACGCAGUCGGGUGGUUCGGAGGCCACAUGUUGACAAACAACCAAUGCCACUAGACGCUCGCAAACCUCCACUGCCUCCUAGAUACAGUGACUACCGUUCCUACCACUGCCAAAAGAAUUUCAAGAGACAGAACAUAGUAGAUGCUGUGAGAGCCCACCCUAAGGAACCCGAGCCUGCUCUAGCUGAUACAACCAAUGGAGAUGUCAAGAAAUUGGCCAACAGUGGACUUAUGCCUCAGUAUAUUUACAGCAAGAAUUUCGGAAAAGUACCAAAAUACCUGACAAUGCGUCAACAGCUGGUAAACGAAACAAUAAAACAAAUUAAGAAAGAAGAGGCUAAAAAGAAGCCAUUGCUAAAAUAUGUCACUGAAGAAGAAAGAGUUACUCUAUUGGACGGUCUGAAGAAGAAUUGGGAAGAACUCCAAAAGGAAUUCCAGCUUCUACCAAUGGUAACCGAUACCGUUCCAAAAAUUAAACGCAAAACGCAGCUGGAGAAAAAGCUGAAAGAUUUGGAAAAAGAUAUUGAUCUGCUGGAGAGAAAUCCUAUCAUCUAUAUAGAUGAGAGGAACAGGAAUAACUAUUAGAAGAGAUGAGGAGGAGAAGGAGGAGGAGGAGGAGGAGGAGGAAGAGGGGGAGGAGUAAGAGGAGGAAGAGUAGGAGGAGGGGGAAGAAGAGAAGGGGGAGGGGGAGGAGGGAAAACAGGAAGUAGAGAAAAAUGAGGACGAGAAGGAGGUUGUGGUGGAGCAGAAUGAGGAGGGGAAGAAGGAAAUGAAGGAUGAGGAACAGAGUGAGAAGGAGAAGGAGGAGGAAGAAGAGAGGAGGAGGAGGUGGAGGUGAGGAAGAGGAGGGAAAAGAGGAAGUAGGGAAAAAUGAUGACGAGAAGGAGGUUGUGGUGAAGCAGAAUGAGGAGGGGAAGAAGGAAAUGAAGGAGGAGGAACUGAGUGAGAAGGAGAACGAGGAAGAGAAGGAGAAGGAGGAAGAGAAGGAGAAGGAGGAGGAAGAGAAGGAG